AUGUGGAAGGGGCUUGUUGUAGUGCAUUUCAUUGUCGUUCGAAAUAUUAUUUCACAACCAGUUAUAGAAAAUGGUCAGGUGAAUAGGCAGACGAAUUUUGAGGAAUGUUGUCCAUGCCCCGGAUCUAGAGAUGGAGAUAGCAAUUUCAGGGACCAAGAUUCAUUAUCAACAAUAAGCUCCAAUGCUCGCGUCCCCGUGGAUGACUGUCCCUGUCGAUUAACGGGAGUUGAUUCUGAGGCGUCGCCAUCCAUGUUUUAUCCAUCUUCCUUACGAGCCGCGUAUCCUAGAGAAAGGAUAGAGAAACCUAAAGAAGAAGCUAAACCGCUUCUUCAACCGGAAGUAGGAUUAGCUUCAUCAGUUUUGGAGACUUUACGAGAAGCUACCAGUGAAGAAUAUCAAAACGCGUUAGAAAGAGAUGCAGCAAGAAGUGCAAUGAGAGUAGAUAAAUCGGACUUGCUUGACUCAGAACAUGACAAUACAAGAAAUUUGGUCACCAUUGUAAUUAGCUCAAAGGCUGAUUUGAACAACGACGAUACUCUUUCAGAAGCCUCACAUGUGCAAGAAACCAGAUGUAUUCAUAGUCCAUUAGGAAAUUCAAAUAUUUUGGGUCGUCAACGUUUAACAUCUCCGCGAUUAUCAAAAGAAAUGAUAUUACCAAAGCAUAAAUCUGAGAGCUUACUACAUAAAUCAUUAUCUGACAUGGACAACAGUGCUAGUAACAUACAAGAAAGAAUCAACGUUAAAAAUAACGAUUUAAGCACUAAAUUUAAAGUAAAUCCAUCGUUGCUAAAUGAUUUUUCAAUUAUCGGAGAGGAGCGAAUAGAAGAUAAUUCAAAUACAUGGCAAGAAGCUAGAGCAAGCAUUCAAAAUAUUCCUUGUGAAAGUCAAAAUAAUUUAGAGAGUGGACGGGAAUUCAGUAGCAGCCCAUCAUUUAGAUUAGCCACGCUAAAGAAUAAGUUACGUGACCUUUCUGAAUUGAGAAAUGCGAAACGUCUGAAUAACAAUUUGCAUACAGUUCUAAAACAAAACAGCUUGAGUAACAUUAAUUCUGGGCAUGAUGAUUCUGCUACAGAUUUGACGACAUUAAACUCUCAAUUGCAAUCGUCAUUGGAUACCAUAUAUGAUCGUCAACAUCCAAUCGUUAAAAAUAUAUUGAAAUUAAAAGACGUCGAGCUUAUUCUACCAAGAAAAACCUCCAAUAAAGGUUCCACAAAAGAAAAAAUAUAUAAUGAUUUAAAAGCUGCUCGAAUAGAAAACAACAAUGAUAUUUUCAAAACAUCUAGUACAAUCAUUAAAAACGAUCACAUUAUAAAUACAGGUGAGUGUGAUGUUAUUGUAAAUGCAAGUGAUUUAAAGGAAAAUUUAGGAAAAGAAUCAGAUGAAAUAAUAAAACAUCAAUCUCCAAUACCACCCAAUUCUUCCGAAAUUUCGCUAGUUACUAACCAAGACUCUAAUGAAGAUGAAAUAAGGAAUUUAAAUGAUAAUUUGAAUGAAAAUGUCGUUUCAAGCGAUAUAAGUGAAAUUGCUGACACCUUUGAUUCUGAUGAAGACCAAGAUUUUGUUGGUAAAAUUAGUAAUGAGAAUUUUGAACAUAAAAUCUCAGAAAACGAUAAAGACCACAAAGACAAUAAUAAAAUUGAAGAUUUAGCUUCUGAAACGAGCGAUGAUACAAUUAAAAUACUUGAAAAAGAGAUAAACACACAAAAUGAUGAUCCAGGUGUUAAUGACAGUAGUAUAAAUGAGGACGUACACGAUGAAGAAAAUAAUUUAAAAAUAACGCAGGAUAAAAAAGGAAGUGCUAGUUAUCCGAUAAAACAAAAAACUAAUCGCUUUGCAUCAUUUAAAGCCGAUAUUAUAGGAAGAUUGGAAAAUCUAAAACAGACCAUCAAAUCAAAUUUACAUGACACAGAUUUAAGCCCACCUAGAAAAACUGAAAAAAGUAACAGUAAUCGGGAUGUAGAGAAUGGAAUAAAUUUUAUAUCUAAAAGUUUUAAUGAUGUAACUAUUCAUGACUUACAAAAAAUCUCUAAUUCUCUUCUUAAUCAGGAAAACCAGCUAAGAGUCAGAAAUUCGUCUUUGAAAGAUUCAGGUUGUAAUAACGAUGAUUCAAUAAGUAACACUGAAAAUUCUUUGUUAUCGAGUAAUAUGGUAAAUGACAAUGUAAGCGACCCUUCAGAAGUAGAUUACGCAAAAAUAAAAUUGGAUGGGAACAUAUUUUCAUCAGAAGUUUUAUCAGAUUCUGAUAAUGAUGGAAUAUUUAAGAAUUCAAAGUCACCAAUGCAACAAGAAACUCAUGAUUCACAAAGUUCUGAGCACAUUUGUUAUGUAAGUUCUAACGAAAAUUCUUUCCAAACAGGUGAAGAUAAAGAUAAUACAGAUACAGAUUCAGAGGAUAUUACAUCAAUAGAUGAAAUGUCACUCCAAGCUAGUAAUUCUAAAUAUGAUGCCAUGCGGCCACAACUGAAUGACAAUAACCUAAGAUCUUCUUUACCUCAGGAUAUCAUAGUUCAACCAUCUUUCCCAACAGAAGGAUUUAAUCUGUUUAUGAAACCUUUUCAAAUACCUACUUUAGAUGAAAUUAGCCAAGGAAUCACACAAAUUAUAAAUGAAGGUCAACGUCAAGUAGAAGAACCUAGAUCAAGUGAUUUUGACCCUUUAACUGAAAGUUCAAACUUAAAUUCCAUAUUUUCUUCGAAUAUAAGAUCCAAACCACCUAAAUCUAGCCGUUUUGAAGAUGUUGACAUAGAUGUUUAUCAAUUGAGACCCUUGCAAAAGAUGAGAUCUAAUCCAGUAAUAGCUUUGCCGAGACUAAAUAUAAACUCAUUUAAAACUAAAUUGGCUUUACCGGAGACUGGGAUUAUAAAACCAUUAAAAUUAGAAUCAGUUUUAGGUAAUAAUGAGGGUAUACUUGGAGCAACUUUAUCUUUAAGCUCUGAUGGAUCAAAAUCAAAAGCAAAAUCUAAAUCUAAAUUAGCAUCCGAUGUUUUGGGAAUCUCUUUAAGGGAAGUGCCUACCUUAGACGAUAUACGAAGUUUACUACAGUCGAACGCUAAAAAUAUCUUUAAAUCACCAGUAAUUGAAAUUCCGAAAUCAAAUAUAAUGGAUAGAACUCUUUUCUCUGGACACUCUUUAAAUGAUUUUACAGAUAAUCUUAAAUAUCGUACAGAUAACGCAUUAAAAUCUAUACAAAACAAUUUGGAAGAAGUAAAUUUAGGUAAUACAUUGCAAAACACCAGAAUGGAUUCUAAGGAUUUUUUGGAAUCAAUAGGAAGAAAGAGAGAUGAUGUGAAAGAAAAAUUAUAUGCCAUACACGAAGACUUAAAUGAUAGGCUAACAUCUAUUCACGAAAAACUAUCCGAUCAGAUUAAUUUACAAUCUAUGAAUAUACCUACUUACGAAGAAAUGGGUAAAAGUUUGAGCUCGCCUACCAGAAUUGGCUUUGAAAAAGGUGACGAUUUAAAAAAAAUACUUUCUACAAAAGUUCCAGAUAGAGAACACAAUUUUCAAUCUAGGUCUGGUUUGUCAUCACAAGAUGAAAUGUUUAUAAAAAACAGAAUGAAGCCACUGAAAAAGUCACACGCUUUCAAUGCUCUAAGCAAAAAUGAUGGUAAGCGUACCUUCAAACAAAACUUGGAAAUUAUUGAUAAAAUACCCUCAGACGGAAUGAGAAAAGUUUCAAAUUUACACCAAGAAAAGCCUUUUAGCAAUUUAAUAAACUUUGGGAAGCAUAGUGGAUCUAUCCCAUUAAAAAAUAAUAAAGUUAAGAUAACAUUUUCUACUACUACAUUUAAACCAAUUAUAGAACCUAAAUAUUACAAGAAAACUGCCGUAGACUAUCCUACAAAGUUAUCUUUAGGAUCGUUAAGGAAUGAUAUGAAUGAUGAGCAUAAAUCAAAAAAUGCGAGGAUAAAAUCUAUUGAGAACUCUCAUCGGUUACCGAGUGAAUUAAUUCCAUCAAGAAUGCGGCCUUUAGACAGGUUACCGGGUGAAAACAAAGGGGUAAAAAAUUCUCAAAAAGGUUUAGAUAUUAAUACUCCAUUAAAGAAAAGUUUUAAUGUAAAUAACGGUCUAUCUGAGUUUACGAACAUGGAUUCGGAUGAAAAACAUAAAACAAAACAGAAACCGGCAGUAUUUAAAGAUUUCCCUGUUUCCAAUCAAGCACUUUCUCAACAACCGUUUUCGCUAAAAGCGAAAGAAAAUUCUUUUAUCUCAAAUGUACGGGAAGCAAUUCGAGUUCGAUUAGCAAAUAUAACGCCUAUUUCAAAAACUCUGCCAUUAAAUGAAGAUAAAGUGAAAUCAUCUUUAGACACAAUAGAAUCACCAUCAGAAAAUGUGAAAGCCAUUAGUGUGAUGGAUAAACCAUUAAAAGAAAAUACGUCUUAUAAGUGUACUAUGAUGAACAUGCUCGGUAUCAAUAUGAGAAAUUUGAAUAAAUUAGUGAUUGUUUAUUUUCUCCUGUGUUUUGCUGACUUUGGAAUUCUCGAAGGAAAAGCAGCGGCGGAGCUCACAAAGGACUGGCAAUGCGCGGCGCGGGCCAUCAAAGGAAAAUCUGUUGUGUGUGUUUGUAACGACACCUAUUGCGACACAAUCACUAGAGAUAUUCCUGCUAAAGGCAGUUACGUCUCUUACACGUCUUCAGAGGAUGGUUCGAGAUUUAAGAAGAGAAGUGGAAAGCUGCAAUGUAAGGUAACAAAAAGAUGCAAGUACUUCUUUGAAUUGCACCCGGACACAAAGUAUCAGACGAUAGAAGGCUUCGGGACCGCGGCCACUGGAACCGCUGGAUAUAAUCUAAGAAGCUUGCCGCGUUCCGCGCAGGAAAACUUGAUUAAAUCCUACUUUAGUGACGAGGGCUUGGAGUAUAACAUGCUUCGGGUUCCGAUCGGUGGGAGUGACUUCUCCCUGAGUGAGUUCGCCUACAACGAGUUGCCAGUCGACGACUAUCAUUUGACGAACUAUACGCUGUCCAGCGAAGAUCACCACUAUAAGAUACCUAUAAUAAAAAGAAUGAUGGAUAUGUCUACAUCGCCUGUACACGUCAUCGCCUCUACCUGGUCGCCUCCUAAUUGGAUGAAGUACUAUACGGAACACAAUCCCACGUGUGGUUACCUGAAGAAUGAAUUCUACCAGACGUACGCUGAUUAUCACUUGAAAUUUUUGGAAAAAUACGCCUUGGAAGGUAUUCCGGUUUGGGGAAUCACAACGACCAAUGAGCCGACAGUUGCCUUCUCUGAUAUACCAGCCAAGAUCUGCAUAGGAUUUACUGCAAAACAAAUGGGUAAAUUUAUAGCAGAAAAUCUGGGGCCGACGAUUCGCAAUUCAACGUUUAAAGAUACCAAGAUCCUUGCGCUGGAUGAUCAGCGGUAUACGAUUUCCAGUGAUUUCUAUGACAUUAUAAAGAAUUAUCCUGAGGUGUUGGACUAUAUCGAUGGCAUAGCAGUUCACUUUUACUACGACACGAGCACUCCCGUUCAAACGCUCAAGAAUGUGUAUGGGAGGUAUCCAGAACUUUUUGUAAUCGCUACCGAAGCUUGUAGAGGAAAUCUGCCAAAUGAGAAACAAGUCGAUUUAGGAUCUUGGGACAGAGCUGAGAGCUACAUCAAAGACAUUAUUCAGGAUUUAAACAACAAUAUCGUUGGAUGGAUGGACUGGAAUUACUGUCUAAACAAAAAUGGAGGUCCAAAUUGGGCGGAGGAUUAUGUGGACUCUCCUAUAAUUGUGGAUGCGGAACGAGGGGAAUUUCUUAAGCAGCCAAUGUUCUACGCAAUGGGGCAUUUCUCGAAGUUCAUUCCACGUGGCUCUAGAAGGAUCAGGGUGGAGCAGAAGUGUUUAUCCAAAUAUAUUGACGAGGUUGCAUUUUUGACGCCACAGAACACCGUCGUCCUUGUGAUUUAUAAUGAGUAA